AUUAAAAGUAAUGCAAAGAUUAUCAUCUCUAUUAAUUGGAUUUGGUUUAGGAAUUUUUGGAAUGAGCUUAUUAUAUGAUCCAUGGGGACAAGUAGAUUUUAAUUAUAUUUAGGAACGAUUUGAAAGAACAGUAAGGGAGACAGCAAGAUUAGAAAACUCAUUACUUAAUGAUGUGGAUAUUUAUUUAUAGAUGAGAAUGUUUAUCGGAUAUAUUCUAGUGGCCUGUUCAUUCGUAUCGAUGAAUAGGUACUAUUUAAUAAUUAUCAAAGAAUUGGUUUACUUUAUGUGUUAGCGAUACCAGCCUUAUUAGUUUAUGCUGCAAUCAAUUACAAUCAUGUCUUAUAUAAAUCACAAAGACUUGGUGGAGAGUAAACCAUAUAAGGAGCAUUAUUUUAUGUCGCAUUUUGUUUUGCUUUGAUUGAUGGAUUAAUAAAGCCUAAGAAAUUGCCAUAACCAAUAUAAUCCGAAAAAAAAGUAGAAAAGAAAAAAAACGAAUGAUUUAUUAUUAAACACAUG